AUGAAAUUAAAUUAUACUAAAAGUCAUGAAGGGGCAGUUAUAAUAAAUUAUACAGAUCUUGUUAAUAACAUCGAUUUAUCUGAUGCUGUUGAGGAAGCAUUCGGGUCAAAACCACAUUGUUUUGGAAUAUUAUUGGUAGAAAAUCUUCCUAAAUCAUAUAUAAAUAAACGUGCUCGUUUAUUACGUUUAGCAUCAGUUUUCGCUGAUUUACCUGAUGAAGUUAAAGAAAAGGUUGUUGACGAACAAAGUUAUUACGUGACUGGGUGGAGCUACGGUAAAGAAAUUUUUGACGGUAAGAAAGAUACAUCGAAAGGAUCGUACUAUGGAAAUCCAAAAGUUGAUUUUCCUAACGUGACCAAAGAACAAUUGAAAGAAUUUCCAAUGUACUGUCAUCCAAAUAUUUGGCCAAAGGAAGAUCUUCCGGAACUUGAAGUAGCAUUUAAAGAUUUGGGAUGUUUCAUCAUAGAUGUUGGAAAACUCGUUGCUCGCGCAUGUGAUUCGUUUGUCUCGACUAGGCUACCGAAAUCAGAAUCGAAUUAUUUAGAAAGGAUCAUCAACGAAUCACAAGCCAUCAAAGCUCGACUUUUGCAUUAUUUUCCUAUUAAAGAAACGGAUCAAAAGAAUGUUUCGAAAGAUAUUGAUGAUUCUUGGUGUGGGUGGCAUGUCGACCACUCAUCGCUUACAGGUUUGACAUCAGCAAUGUAUGUUGAUGAACGUGAUCCUUCCUACCCUGAAAUCGAAUGUCCGGACAAACGAACAGGACUUUACAUUAAAAAUCGAAAUAAUGAGAUCAUCAAACCUUCGGUACCAAAAGAUUGUUUAGUCUUUCAACUUGGUGAGGCUAUGCAAUUGGCUUCAGCCGAAAAUCUUCGAGCGACCCCUCAUAUGGUUAUGGGUAUUUCUCCUGAUUCAAAAAGCGAUAUACCACUUAACUUUAUAGCCAGAAAUACUUUUGCAGUGUUCAUGCAACCGUCCUUAGGAGAAAAGGUAGGAGAUAUCACCUUUGCCGAGUUUGGUCGAAACGUCAUAAAAGAACACCAUGUUUAA